AAGGCAGUAACUCUACCACUACUAUGCCACUGUUCUGCCAUAUAUCAACGUACCAGUUCACAGUCGCAUGGUGAAGUUAGAGGGAACUUUAAGUGGAAAUGCAGAAGUGAGUUUGUUUACAACUGCAUCUAGAGUUUCACAUCCUCAGUUUUCAUACACUUCCUUUUUAUUUAAUGAGACCAGCAGUACUUGGAUCAGUCGCUUCCAACAAGCAACUAGUCUGGAGGGAGGCCGUUUAUGCUCGAAAACCAAUGUGGAAUUGAAAAGACCACAAAAUCUCUCUCUUUGCUAGGAAUGAUCACUGUCCACAUCAUUCAUCCACGGCAGUGCAUUCAUACCGUUGAAGACUUGAAGUAAAAGCCAUGGACUACUGGAAUAUGCCUUUGAAUAGUCUUGGGGAAUUAACGCUGAAGAGACUGAGCACAUAUCUGGACAACUGCACGGUGAAAGGAUGGAGGAAACUGGCAGAGAUUGUCAGCACAGAGAGUCGCUUCAAGUGCAGUGAGAAGGAGCUGGAGAAAUGCUCGCUGCAGGUCCUAGAUCUGGAUGGAAGUCCGAGCCGACUGUAUCUGCAGUUACUGGCGGAACGCCGCUGCCCAGUCAACCAUCUGCUCAGCUGCCUGGACAAGAUGGGACAUACAGAGGCAUGGCAGUGUGUGGUGUCAAUGGCAACAGACAGCAUACAGAUCGUUGUGCAGCCCAAGUCACAAGAUGUCACCGCUGGGGACAGUGUGACCCUCUGCUGUCAGGCUGUGGGCCCCCCAGGUCUCGGCUAUCAAUGGUUUCGUGGAAAGUAUGAGGUGACGGGUGGGAACUUGCCGGAGCUGCUCUUUAACCCCGUGGAUGGCGCUGAUGGGGACUGGUACGUCUGCAGAGUUCACUGUGGAAGUCAGUACUCGUUUUCCCAAUGGGUUCGUCUCCGCGUUUACAGCAGCCCAACGGCAGCAGGUCGGUUUUGCCGGGUGAAUAUCCUGGUGCAUCCCGUCUCGCUGAGCCUGAAGGAGGGCGACACCAUGUUGCUUCCAUGUUCCGCGGUGGGCAACCCUCCCCCACAGUACCAGUGGUUUUGUAACGACCAGCUCUUGCCCGACGCGAAUAAACCCAACCUUGAGGUUAUGGGAGUCACAACUGCUGACCGGGGGAUGUAUUACUGCCGUGCGUUCAACCUUUACCAUGAUGUCUGGAGCAGAGCGGUUUCAGUAGAGAUCGGACCCAACACUUCCUUCAAUGACGCAUUCAUCGUGGAGACUGGAGAAGUCUCCAGCCCAGGACCACAGAUGAACGUUGACCAUCACGCUACACAUCUCCAGGCAACGGACAAAGUUGCCCUGCUGAUUGGAAACAUGAAUUACUGCCAUCACAAGCAGCUGAAGGCCCCCAUGGUGGAUGUACACGAGCUGACAAACCUCCUCCGCCAGCUCGACUUCAAGGUGGUGUCCCUGCUCGACCUCACCGGCCUGGAGAUGCACACGGCUGUCCAUGAGUUCCUGUUGCUGCUGGACAAGGGAGUGUAUGGUUUGCUGUACUAUGCCGGACAUGGAUAUGAAAACUAUGGGAACAGUUUCAUGGUUCCCAUCGACGCUCCGUACUCCUACACCUCUGAGCACUGCCUGUGUGUCCAGAAUAUUCUGCAGUUAAUGCAGGAGAAACAGACGGGACUGAACAUAUUCCUGCUGGACAUGUGUCGCAAAAGGAACAUGCAUGAUGAAAUCAUUCCACAAAUGGAAGCAUUGAGAGUCACAGCAAAUAUCGUUUAUGGCUAUGCCACAUGCCCCGAUGCAGAGGCGUAUGAAAUUAGCCAGGGGGAGCUAACAAACGGGAUCUUCAUGAGUUUUCUGAAGAAGCGAUUGCUGGAGGAUGAGAAGGUCACCGUGCUGCUGGAUAAAGUGGCAGAAGAUAUGGGGAGAUGUGAGCUGACGAAGGGGAGGCAGGCACUGGAGAUACGCAGCAGCCUGUCAGAGAGGAGGUCGCUGACGGACAGCAUUAAGCCACCGCAUCGUUACGAUGAGUUUUCAGCCAGAAACCUACAGUGGGCUAAGGCCAAUGUUCUACCAGAGAGCAAGUUCGUCCAGUUCGAAUGUGGAGCCUUGAUUCGCCUGGGAUUUGCGGCAGAGUUUUCCAACAUUAUGAUAAUUUAUGCCAGCAUAGUUCAAACUUCUCAGCACAUAACUCAAUGUGAAGCAAGACUGACGGACUUUCCGGAGGACCUGGAUGUGAACCUGAAACACACCAACAAGGGGUGCCCUGAGGAGACGGGCAGCGUCCUCUUCUCCUUCAACAGCUUCACGUUUCCAGAGCAGUGUCUCUACACCAGGCUCAGUGGUCUGCAGAAGCUGCGGACAGCGCUGAGCUUUUCCAUCUGCCUGCAAUAUCUGUACAAAGAUAUGGAUGAGGCCAUAGAAGAGAAGAAAGUUGUGAGUAUUGGAAAACCUCUUGUCUCUAAACUCAGUUUGCAUGGCCUGGAGCAUCAGAGUGGCCACCUUUCAGUUUAUGGCUCUUUGCAAAGUUCAUCCUGCAAACCUGCCCAGAUGUCGGGGGGCAUUCCGGGCCACACUUGCACCCUGCCGCUCAAGUCCGACAGUUGGAACGGCUCUGAGGGUUCCACCGGUCAACCCAGAGCAGGGAGUGAGUGCCCCCAUCGAUGUCACAGCAGCCAGGGGCAGCCACACCAUCACUCAAUAUCGCCAGGAGCUUCGUCUCAGCCCGGUGGAGCCCAGGAGGAGAUGACUGCCCAGUUCACCUCUCUGUGGUCAAGAGACUGUGUUGGGUCAUCGGGCACCAGGAGGGAUGGUCAGUACACCGAUGGAGAACUCCACAGCGGUGAGCAGCCCAGACACUUCCACAGGUAUUAGCCAGAGCAGGGCCACCCUGUGGAUGCAAGGAUUACGCUUCACCUUGUAAGGUGUGCGCAAGGUGGGAUUCUGUUUCCCAGUUGUACUUCAUCCCUCCUAACCCUUCACCUGUUGAAGCACCGCACUCUCUCACUUCCCACGCCUUCGUUAGAACCUGUCCACCAUCCGACAUAUUGUUUCAGAAGGAACCGCAGAUGCUGGAAAAUCGAAGGUAGACAAAAGUGCUGGAGAAACUCAGCGGGUGCAGCAGCUUCUAUGGAGCGAAGGAAAUAGGCAACGUUUCGGGCCGAAACCCGGAAGGGUUUCGGCCCGAAACGUUGCCUAUUUCCUUCAGGGUUUCGGCCCGAAACUUUGCCUAUUUCCUUCAGUGUUUCGGCCCGAAACGUUGCCUAUUUCCUUCAGGAUUUCGGCCCAAAACGUUGCCUAUUUCCUUCAGGAUUUCGGCCCAAAACGUUGCCUAUUUCCUUCAGGGUUUCGGCCCGAAACGUUGCCUAUUUCCUUCAGGGUUUCGGCCCGAAACGUUGCCUAUUUCCUUCAGGGUUUCGGCCCGAAACGUUGCCUAUUUCCUUCAGGGUUUCAGCCCGAAACGUUGCCUAUUUCCUUCGCUCCAUAGAUGCUGCUGCACCCCCGCUGAGUUUCUCCAGCAUUUUUGUCAACCACCCUACAUAUGUCAGCACUGGCGAAGGGAAUCUACUGCUGUUAACUGGGCCACUUUCACAGUCCCUGAGGCCCUGAUGUGACCCAUCCUGUGGCCAACACUGCCAAAGGGCUCAUUGGAGACCCCCGGACUACUUGAAUCAGACUUUACUGGACUUUACCUUGCACUAAACGUUAUUCCCUUCAUCCUGUGUCUGUACACUGUGGACGGCUCGAUUGUAAUCUUGUAGUUCACUCAAUACACAACAAAACGCAUUUUGCUGUACCUUGGUACACCUGACAAUAAACUUCAGCUAAACUGAAAUAUUCUGAUUGUUCUACUGUGUGUUGAGGUUUGUUCGACCUUUGCUGCCCUAACUAUUUACUGUAUCCU